AUGGAAUCAGCUUUGUUUGAAUGGUUUAAACAAAAACGUGCUGAAGGGAUUCCUAUCUCUGGACCGAUGGUUUGUGAAAAAGCUAAGUGGUUUCACGAAAGGUUGAAUAUUCAAGGCGAAAGUCUAAGUGGCGAUUUAACAGCUGCUACAGUUUUCAAUGAGGAAUUUGGUUCAUUGAUCUCAAAAUUAAACUUGUCCCCCGACCAAAUAUACAACGCAGAUGAAUCAGGGCUCUUUUGGAAAAUGUUACCGUCGAAAACAUUAGCUGCGCAGUGUGAAAAGUCAGCUCCUGGACAUAAAUCUAGUAAGGAAAGGCUCACUGUCAUGACAUGUUCAAAUGCAUCGGGUACACACAAGCUAAAACUAACAGUGAUCGGGAAAGCUAAAAAACCACGAUCGUUGAAAGGAACAGACGUGAAAAGACUUCCGUGUAACUAUUACAGCCAUCCAAAAGCUUGGAUGAAUCAGGCUAUUUUCAAAGAAUGGUUUUUUCAAGAUUUCGUGCCAUCUGUGAAGAAAUUUCAGGAAGAAAAUGGACUUCCAAAGAAAGCUGUUCUCCUACUUGACAACGCUCCUAGUCACCCAUCAGAAUCUACCCUGAAAACCGAGGAUGGGCUAAUUUUUGUCACCUACCUUCCUCCUAACGUCACAUCAUUGAUACAACCAAUGAACCAGGGCGUCAUUUCUUCCUUAAAACGGAGGUAUAAAAAGAUUUUUCUCCGUUUCCUUCUCCAAGAAAAUUGUGUCCAUUCAAUGAAGGACCUCCUCAAAAUGUGGACAAUAAAAGAUGCCAUUUUUGCUGUUUGUGAUGCAUGGGAAAACUUGCCAUCGAGUACAUUAAGACUUUGCUGGGCAAAAAUGUUGGACCAAGAAUAUGGGGAAGAAGACAACAUGGAUGAGCACGAUGAUGUACAAACUUGCCUUGAACUGUCUAGAUCUAUUCCAGAUUUCAUCAAUGUUGACCGAAACGAUAUUGUUGAUUGGCUGCAAAAAGAUGAAAAUGAGGAGGGGUUUGAAAUCCAAACCGAUAGUGACAUUGUAGCGCAUUAUCUUAGUAGUGAUACAUCAUCUACUUCUCAACUGCCUGAUUCGGAGGAGAUUGAUAGUGACACUGACAAUUGUUUUGGUCCGACAGAAGAGAAAAUUCAACCAACAAAAGCAAUGGAAAAUGUAACAACUGCCGAUUGGUGGAAGGGGGUUAUUGAACAGAAUAAUCAGCUAUCAAAAGUAGCAGUAAAAAUUAUUUCUCUAUCUGCUACUUCAGCUUCUACUGAGCGAACUUUUUCUACAUUUACUGCAGCUCAUACAAAGAAAAGAAACAAUCUAACAACAUUUUACAAAAACAAAUGUCCCUCGAUUACCCAUUCAAUUGAAGUAACUGAAAGCGAUCAACAUUUUGAGGUAAUAACAUCAGAAGCAAAGAUAACUGAACCGUCAGGCCUUUCAAAACCACAACUAACUAUUAAACUAGAUUCAAAGACUGAAACAGAAACUUCUUCGGGAGAUAAAGAAAUUCCUUAUCAAGACUCUGAUUCUGACGAUGAAGACGUGACAGAUGAAGAUGAAGUUUAA